GCCGGGACCGUGGCUGCUGGGACCGGGGUGGGCUGGGCUCGUUGCCGCAGGCUGUGGGCCCGGGAUCGGCGACCUCCGACGAGGCUGUGGUUGCAGGGCCGCCCCUAUGUUGCGUUUUCCGACCUGCUUCCCAUCCUUCCGGGUGGUGGGAGAGAAGCAGCUGCCGCAGGAGAUCAUCUUCCUGGUCUGGUCCCCCAAGCGGGACCUCAUUGCUUUGGCCAACACAGCGGGCGAGGUUUUGCUUCAUCGACUUGCAAGUUUCCAUCGUGUUUGGAGUUUCCCACCAAAUGAAAAUACAGGAAAGGAAGUGACCUGUCUAGCUUGGAGACCCGAUGGAAAACUUUUGGCCUUUGCACUUGCUGACACCAAGAAAAUUAUUUUGUGCGAUGUAGAAAAACCUGAAAGCUUGCACUCUUUCUCUGUGGAGGCCCCAGUUUCUUGUAUGCAUUGGAUGGAAGUGACUGUGGAAAGCAGUGUCCUAACAUCCUUUUACAAUGCAGAGGAUGAAUCCAACCUUCUUUUGCCUAAGCUGCCUACAUUGCCAAAAAAUUAUAGCAACACCUCAAAAAUAUUUAGUGAAGAAAAUUCUGAUGAAAUCAUUAAGCUCUUGGGAGAUGUCAGGCUUAACAUUCUUGUCCUUGGAGGAAACUCUGGAUUUAUUGAGCUUUAUGCUUAUGGGAUGUUCAAAAUUGCUCGAGUCACAGGGAUUGCCGGCACUUGUCUUGCUUUAUGUUUAUCAAGUGACCUGAAGUCAUUGUCAGUGGUCACGGAGGUUUCGGCUGGCGGUGCUUCCGAAGUGUCAUACUUCCAGCUUGAAACCAACCUGUUGUAUUCCUUCUUACCUGAAGUAACACGGAUGGCCAGGAAGUUCACUCACAUUUCAGCUCUCUUACAGUAUAUAAAUCUGUCAUUAACGUGUAUGUGUGAAGCAUGGGAAGAAAUACUAAUGCAGAUGGAUUCUCGUCUCACUAAGUUUGUACAGGAAAAGAAUACCACCACAUCAGUGCAGGAUGAGUUCAUGCACCUGCUCUUGUGGGGGAAAGCCAGUGCCGAGCUUCAGACCCUCUUGAUGAACCAGCUGACAGUGAAGGGCUUAAAAAAGCUUGGCCAGUCUAUAGAGUCAUCAUAUUCCAGUAUACAAAAAUUGGUUAUAAGUCACUUGCAGAGUGGCUCCGAGUCAUUACUGUAUCAUUUGAGUGAAUUGAAAGGAAUGGCUUCGUGGAAGCAAAAAUAUGAACCUCUUGGACUAGAUGCUGCGGGCAUUGAAGAUGCUAUUACUGCUGUGGGUUCCUUCAUACUGAAGGCCAAUGAGCUUCUUCAAGUCAUAGAUAGUAGUAUGAAAAACUUCAAGGCUUUUUUCCGGUGGCUGUAUGUUGCAAUGUUGAGAAUGACAGAGGACCACGUGCUUCCUGAGCUGAAUAAGAUGACUCAGAAAGAUAUCACAUUCGUUGCAGAAUUUCUUACUGAACAUUUCAAUGAGGCUCCAGACCUUUAUAACAGGAAAGGAAAAUACUUCAACGUUGAGAAAGUUGGACAGUAUUUGAAAGACGAAGACGACGAUCUCGUGUCACCCCCUAACACGGAAGGAAACCAGUGGUAUGACUUUCUCCAGAACAGCAGCCACCUUAAAGAAAGUCCUUUGCUGUUUCCUUAUUAUCCUCGAAAAUCAUUGCAUUUUGUAAAAAGGCGGAUGGAGAACAUUAUCGAUCAGUGCUUGCAAAAGCCAGCAGAUGUAAUUGGAAAGUCGAUGAAUCAAGCCAUCUGUAUUCCGUUAUAUAGAGAUGCUAGAAGUGCGGAUUCUGCACGUAGAUUGUUCAAAUUUCCAUUUUUGUGGAACAAUAAAACUUCAAAUCUACAUUAUCUUCUCUUUACUGUUUUAGAAGAUUCACUUCAUAAAAUGUGUAUCUUAAGGAGACAUACUGAUAUUUCCCAGUCUGUAAGUAAUGGACUAAUUGCUGUUAAAUUUGGGAGCUUUACCUAUGCCACAACUGAAAAGGUCAGGAGGAGCACCUACAGUUGUUUAGAUGCCCAGUUUUACGAUGACGAGACCGUGACAGUUGUUCUUAAAGACACGAUAGGCCGGGAGGGAAGAGACAGGCUCUUGGUCCAGUUGCCAUUGUCUUCAGUGUACGGUGGUGAAGAUACCGCAGAGUACCAGUUCACAGGGACUUACUCUACAAGGCUAGAUGAGCAGUGUAGCAUCAUUCCCACACGGACUAUGCAUUUUGAGAAGCACUGGAGGCUGCUGGAAAGUAUGAAGGCACAGUAUGUUGCCGGCAAUGGUUUUCGAAAAGUGUCCUGUGUGCUAAGUUCAAACCUCCGUCAUGUGAGGGUCUUUGAGAUGGACAUUGAUGACGAAUGGGAGCUCGACGAGUCCUCGGAUGAAGAGGAGGAGGAGGCCGGCGGGAAGCCUGUGAAGAUCAAGGAGGAGGUGUUGUCGGAGUCCGAGACCGAGAGCCGCCAGGCCGCUGCCGCCCUCACCCCGGAGACAGUCAUCAAAGUGGAGAAACUCGACCCCGAGCUUGACCCGUGAGCCCGCGCGACAGGGUCAGGUGCUGCUGGCCAGAAAGGACACAGCAUGGACCGAGGUGUCUUGGACCACAUUAAAUUUUCUUUGUGUAACAAAGAAACAGUAAAUCUUAUUUUUUCAUACUCUGUUUCAUUUUUCUUAGUAAGAUGGUCACCAGGACAGACUUUCUCUUGGCUGCGAUUUCUUUGUAACACUUGCAGAGCUAGUGGUUAAGAAAACACAAAUUGAAUGGGAAGAAAAAGGCCAUGCUUUUUAGUCAAAAGGUAAUUAUUCCUGAAUGAGGGAAUAGUUAAGUUUAAGGAGUCAGGUGGUACACUCCCGUUUGUUGUCCGAGUACUCAGGAGGCUGAGACAGGAGGAUUGAGAGUCUGAGGCCAGCAUAAACUAAAGUAGUCUUUCAUCCCUGGAAACUUUGAUGCAUUUACUAUUUUAAAAACUUAGUAUUUGGUUGAGCAUGGUGGUGCACACCUUUAAUCCCAGCACUUAGGAGGCAGAGGUAGAAGGAUUGCUGUAAGUUUGAGAUCACCCUGAGACUACGUAGUGAAUUCCAGGUCAGCCUGAGCUAGAGUGAGACUCUACCUCGAAAAAUUAAAAAAAAAAAAAAAAAGGAAAGAAAAAACCUUAAUAUUUAUUCCUGUUGUUCAUUUUCCCUUGUUCAUUUUAGGUCUCUAAAAUACUUUCAAAAUUCAGUUUUAAAGUAAAUGGUUGAUUUACUUUAAAUUUAAGCCAAAACAUCAGCCCUGCCUUUGAAUUAUUUCAAGAGCACAGCACUGCUUGAUGUCUGUCUGUCUUUCCUUAGGAGGUUGUGUGUGCGCAUGCGCAUGCACGCUCAGCUCUGACCUAACUGUGCUGAGAGGCGUCCUUUUCCUGUGCAGACUUGGCCAGGGACACACGGUCUCUAACCGUUUGAUUGGCUGCCUGGCAGCACAAGAGGUUUAGAUCAACCAAACGUGACCUUGAAGUGGAAAUGAGCUCCUGCCGCAGGUAGCGCUCUCAUCUGGCUUUCAAGAAGAUUGUGGCUAUAUAGGAAUUUUGUCAAGCUUUAAAUACCUUUAGUCCAGAAGCUGUGCAUUGCCAGGAGAGUUUCUGUGUACUUUGAUUAAUAGACCAGUAGUACAGUUGGGUACUAAGAAAAAGCAUGAGAGCCCAUUGUUUUGCACUAGGCUUUUGCUCUGGGCCCCCACAAAGUAACAUAGUCACUCUUGUCACCAAAAUGAAAACAAAGUCUUCUCUGACCUUUAGAGAAGCCAAAAUUCCCACAUGCCAGUUUCAGUCAGUACAGUGAAACUCCCGCUGCCUCUGUCCAUGAAUUGCGUGUCCAGUGCUGUCCCCUGACCUGGAAGUGGCCUUUGCAUCCUUGUUUCUGUCCUUAGCAGCUCUGCUUGGUUUAUGAGCCAGUCUCCCCCUCAGCCCAUGGAACCCUUGCCGUUCUAUGGAAUGAGGUAAUGCCAAGUCUAGAAUCACAAAAUAAAGCCAGCUGAACUGUUA